UUUUUCAAGCCAUUUAUGAUCUUUGGGAUUAAUUUAAUUUAUAUAUCAAAUUCGUUGUGAAGUUUUUAUAUUGACAGGUUUUCUUUCCUUUCUCUUAAACCAGAAUCCCGUUAUUUUUCGCGAACUAGUCUUCAAAUCGUCGUAUUAGAAAGUUUUUAUAUUUUUUAUAAUUUAAAAAAUAAGGAAAAAGUAUAUUUUUGAAGAUAUUAUCAGUAAGAAAAAUUGAUAAAAUGAAAUCGGGAACAGUGCUGCUAAUUGGUUUGGCGGCUUAAUUGAUAAGGAACUGCCCUAGAGGCUACAGACAACUCCAACAUAACCAGCAUGUUAAUACUUGUUUAUUUACGUUUUGUUUUCAGAGGUCUUCAGUUUAGAUUAAUAUUUUUGUUACAAACAGUUGGUUAUAUCGAUAAUGAGUGAGUUUAUUGUGAUACAAGUUGGACAAUGUGGCAAUCAAAUUGGAAAUGCAUUUUGGCCUUUAGUGCUUUAUGAGCACGGGAUAUGUGUAGAUAAGUUGGUGAAGCCUUCGUUGAAAGCCGUCCAAGACGAAGCAUUUCAUAGCUUUUUCGAUUCCCCUUCUUAUAAAAAAUGUCAUAACAUAGAAGAUUUAAAGCGAUGCAAAGUAAAAGCAAGGGCCAUACUAAUCGAUAUGGAAACGAGUGUUGUGGAGCGAUUUCAUAAUUGUAGACUGAGAGAUCUUUUCGAUAGAACAUACAGUAUUACUGAUUCUCCUGGUUCUGGAAAUAACUGGGCAUUUGGCCACUAUGAAGCUGGUAACCUUCAUAAAAAUAAAAUUAGAGAAAUGAUUAGGUCAGCAGCAGAAUGUUGUUCUUCCUUAAAUGGAUUCCUUCUAUUUUUCUCCCUUGCCGGAGGAACAGGUUCAGGUCUCGGCACUGCAGUUCUUCAAUAUUUGCAAGAUGAUUUCCCGAAUAUUGAUCGAAUCGUAGCCUGCGUACAUCCUGGUGAACAUAGGGACGUUGUCACUAGCCCAUACAACAUUGCAUUUUCUCUAAGUAAGCUCGCACUUGGAGCGACCUGCGUUUUUCCUGUGGAUAACAAGUCCCUGAGCAAAAUUUGUGGAAAAACCAAAGUUACAAAAGAUCCCCUUACGUCAGAUCUUUAUCAAAAGGUUAAUGCAGUAAUAGUGAGAAUGCUUCUUAAUCUAACCAGUGGUGCACGUUUUCCUGGAAGCUUAAAUUUUGAUCUUGGUGACCUACCAACAAAUAUGGUUCCAUAUAAAGGGAUGCAUUUUCUUGCUAGUAGUAUAUGCCCUCUAGUUUCUGGAUCAGAAAUCGGUAUAAAUAUAUUAAAAAGAAAGAAAGAACUCCUGCAUUCAGUUUGUAACGAGGACCAUCAUUUAAUUCAAUUGAAUGCUCUAUCCGGAAAAGUUCAUACUGCGGCACUCAUUGCAAGGGGUGAUAUUCCGUUUUCUACUGCGGUAGACUUCCAAGAAAGGUUAAUAGCAAAAAUAAAGAGAAAACCAAUGGGCAUCACGUUAGGUCUUUCAUCUGUUCCUCCACACGAUUCACCCGUGUCUCUCCUUCUUCUGACUAAUUCAUCUUCGAUGUCAACAUUUUUCUCUCAAGCCGUUAAUGACUUUAAUUCUCUUUAUUUUCGAAAGGCCUACACCCACCAUUAUUUAAAAGUCGAUGACUUUGAAUUUGAAGAGUUCUCUGGAGCCCGAGAAGUUCUUUUGUCUCAAGUUGAUGCCUAUACAAAAACAUACGAAGAUAUUCAUAUACCAAGGAUUAAUGUUGAAAUUUGACAUAAUAAAAUAUGUUUGUUCUCAGUUGGACAUUUGCCAAAGAAUUAAGUUGAUGUGCCUUCAUAUUUUAUUUUUUUGUUUUAAUAUUAUGCUUUGUUUGAUCGAAAGUUGUGUAUCAGUUCUAUAUGGCUGUGAUUUAACUUUGUAACUUUGAUCUGAAAAAAAAAAUCAAACUUACUGCAUGUAAUGCAAUUUGUAAAAUCAAAUCAAUAAAUAAACUUAUAAGACUGUUUUAUUACAUUUAUUCUAUGUGUUUGAAAUGAAUUGUAUUUGUUAAAUUGUAUAAAAAAAAUUAAAAAAAGAAAUGAAAUAAUAAAUUUUAUUUUCUUCAUAAAAAUGGAAAAAAAACAUUUAUUUAUUCUCAUUUAUAAUUUUAAAUAUAUAUUACUUAAAAUGUC